UGAGGGUCUAGGACGAAGGGACUCAUUCUUGUGCAAGGUGUCAAGCGAUCAAGUUCAAGCCUUCUCCUCUCCUCACUGCCUUAUUUUUUUCUGUUGAUCGUACGCUGGGAGCCAAGGAAGCGACAUAGAAACCGCCCAGAGCCGUGUGUGUUUAUGAGUUAAGAACAGUCCAGCGAGCAGCAGAGCCAUGUCGUCGAGUGUGCUGACCACGAGCCACGACCUCUUCCCCACCACCAUCAACGCGGCCACGAAGAUCUUCCGCUACCAGCACAUAAUGCCGGCCCCCAGCCCGUCCUCGCUGCCCGGUGCCAAUCAGAAUCAGAACCAGAACCAGCCCGCGGCAGGUGGCAUGCCCAUCAAGACCCGCAAGUAUACGCCCAGGGGCAUGGCCCUGGCCAGGUCCUCCUCCGACUCGGUGUCGUCCGUAUCGCCGGGCUCCUCACCGGCUCCGUACAACGUGGACCAGUCGCAGUCGGUGCAGCGGCGCAACGCCCGGGAGCGGAAUCGUGUGAAGCAGGUGAACAACAGCUUCGCCAGACUGCGGCAGCACAUACCGCAGUCCAUCAUCUCGGACCUGACCAAGGGCGGCGGUCGAGGACCGCACAAGAAGAUCUCCAAGGUGGACACUCUGCGCAUUGCCGUGGAGUACAUCCGGCGGCUGCAGGACCUGGUGGACGACCUGAACGGAGGGCCCAGCAACUCGGUGGCCAGCAGCGCGGUCACCCAGCUGCAGCUCUGCCUGGACGACGAGUCCAGCAGCCACAGUUCCAGCAGCAGCACUUGCAGCUCCUCGGGGCACAACAACUACUACCAGAACACCGCCACGGCUGCCGGCCACAAUCCCCUCCAGCAACAGCAGCAGCUGCAGAGGCAGCAGUUCAACCACCAGCCCCUGACGGCCAUCUCGCUGAACAGCAAUCUGGUGGCCACAUCCCUGCCCGGUGGCACUGGAGCAGGAGCCGGAGGAGCCGCCAUCGGCGCCAACAGCCAGCAAACCUGCCACUCGCCCACCUCCUCCUUCAACUCCAGCAUGUCCUUCGACUCGGGCACCUACGAGGCGGCGCCCCAGCAGCUGUCCAACCACCUGGACCACCUGGAUCACCUCGACAACGAGGGGCACGCGCACUCGCAGCUCCAGCUGAAGUUCGAGCCCUACGAGCACUUCCAACUGGACGAGGAGGACUGCACGCCCGACGACGAGGAGAUUUUGGACUACAUCUCCCUGUGGCAGGAGCAGUGAAGCCCGAUCCCGCUCCGCAGACCCUGCCGAAAUCCACAUCCCACCACACAUCCUGUUCUCUUCUAGUCAAUGUUGAGUUGAACCAAGUGCCUCAAAUUGUAAAUAACACUCAUGCGAAAGCCACACCACACGGACACAAUUUUUUUCCUACUUUAAGCGAUUUUUUUGUAUAGUCUAAGAACCCAGAGACCAGUAUCAAAUAUAUAUUUAUAAAAUAAUUAUAGCAUAAACGCGAGACCACACUUUUUUGCAAAUACAAUUGUAUGUUAAUUAGUUCUUGGACGAAGAAAU